AGACUAAAGGCUCACGUUACUGUAAAUCUAAAGGCACUUGUUGGUGGAGACAUGAUCCUCGGUGCUGUUAGAUGUGACUGGCGUCAGCAGACAGCAGAAGAAUACUUCCAGACGAAGGACGACACAAAGUUCCACCUGAUCCAUGCUGUCCACGUUCUGUACAACGUGGAGGACCAUGACUCCAUCUUGCGGAACAUGUGGGAACAGCUGGCAGACGGUGGCUACAUGUUUGUCGUCAUGCAGUCAGACAAAGGUGGCUGGGGAGGGCUGCGGCACAACUUGUGGGAGAAGUUUGGCCAAGGUGACCGUUUGAAGACAUGGUUCCGCACGUCCGAUGACGUCAAUCAGUGUCUUGACAGAAGGGGCAUCAGCUACGUCACAUCAGUGGACGAAAUGAACAUAAACGUCUCAGAGUGUGUUAAGGAGGACUCAGAGGCGGGAGAGUUGCUUCUCGACUUCUUGACACACACGCCUUACGUGUCGAGUGAGCCUGAGAUAAAAGCGACGGCCCUGGAGUACAUCCGGGGUAAUUCAUCAUCGGUUGAUGGCAAAAUUUUCUUCAACGCGUUCGAUGAGCUUAUUCUAUCAUCUAAAACCUUUACAAAACAAUGAAAAAAAGAUCAUUAGAUCUAGAAAUUGUUUUGGAUUUGCACUGUUUAACUAAACCAAACAUAUGAUCACUUUAUCGUCAUACUAACAUCAUAACUUUACGUAUACCUAUAUCUUUUAACAUAUUCCGCUUGUUGUGCCCGCAUGCAAGGUCAAAUAAAAGGGUGAACUUCAAUUAUUAUGUCGCUCUAGAUAAUGGUCCUGUAAACCAGCUAUACAGAGACUGAAAGGAGUGAUACCGUACGUGAUAUACGACUGGAACAGUGUACAUCAGUGUUAGCUAUACGUUUUGUCUGUCAUUGCCAUAAUAAGAGCCAAGUACGAUCUUCACACAUAUGUGCUAGAUGUCAUGCGAUAUCUCGUCGAAUAGUGUUGUUGGGAAAUGUAUUCAACAAUAAACUUCACUUAAACCAAAAAUGUAAAUAUACCUUAAGUUGGAAAUUUAGAACUUUAAUCUUUAUUAAUAAUCAGAUCA